GGCUCAGUUGCUGCUGCCACCGCUGUGGACAUGGAGCCCCCGGAGGCCUGGGCCAGGAAGCGCAGGGCCCCGCGGCUGCUGGUGCUGGCGCUGCUGCUGGGGGCUCACCCAGGUGCACUGGCUGAGCUGCAGGUGUCUGUGCCCCCCCUGGUGGAGGUGAUGAGGGGGGAGCCCGUCGCCCUGGACUGCACCCCUUUGGGGGCCCAUAGACAGUACCAGCUGAAAUGGUUCCUGACUGACCGCUCCGGGGCGCGCCACCUCCUGGCCGAGGCCGAAGUGCAGGGCUCUGAGGUCCAGGCAAGGGUGCAGGACGCCAGGGGCCGCAGUCCCCCAUACCAGCUGGAGUCCCCGGGGCGCCUGGUGCUGGCCGAGGCCCAGGUGAGCGACGAGUGGGACUAUGUGUGCGUGGUGACAGCGGAGGCAGCGGGCACUGCCGAAGCCACCUCAAGGCUCCAGGUAUUUGCAAAACCAGAGGCCACCGACGUCUCCCCCAACAAAGGGACGCUGUCUGUGACAGAUGAAUCUGCCCAGGAGAUCGCCACAUGCCACAGCCGCAACGGAAACCCAGCCCCUCAGAUCAAGUGGUACCGGAACGGGGAGGCCUUGCAGCUGCCCAUGGAGAUGAAUUCGAAUGGCUACAUAACCAGCCGCACUGUGCGGGAGGCCUCGGGUCUGCAGUCUCUCACCAGCAGCCUCUACCUGCGGCUCCACAAGGACGACCGCGACGCCGAGUUCCACUGCUCCGCGCACUACACCCUGCCCCAGGGCCGGCACGGUCACCUGGACAGCCAAGCCUUCCGCCUCACCCUGCACUAUCCCACAGAGCACGUGCAGUUCUGGGUGGACAGCCCAGCCACCGCAGAGGGCUGGGUGCGCGAGGGGGACUCUGUGCAGCUGGUCUGCCGCGGGGAUGGCAACCCCAGCCCGGAGUACAUAUUUUACCGCCUUCAGGACAAGGAGGAGAAAAUGCUGGAAGCAGACCCCGCAGGGAACUGGACCCUGGAGAAGGUGCAGCGGAGCCAGAGCGGGACCUACGGCUGCAGGGCCGAAGACUUCGAUGCCGCCGAGGACGCUGAGCUCUCCCAGACCCUGGAGCUGCGCGUGGCCUACCUGGACCCCAUCGAGUUUAGCGACAAGGAGGAGCUUUUCUCAACCCUGGGCAAGACAGUGUCCACGAACUGCUCCGCUCAAGGCCUUCCCACCCCUGCUCUACGCUGGACCAAGGACUCGGUACCCCUGGGGGACGGCCCCACGCUCUCACUCAGUUCCAUCACCUUCGAUUCCGCUGGCACCUACGUCUGCGAGGCCUACAUGCCCACGGUCCCCCUCCUUAGUCGCACCCGGAUCCUCAAGCUGCUGGUCGAAGGGUCACCAGAGUUAAGGCCGGAGGAGACUCAGCCCAAGGCAGAGGGCAGCUGGCGAGAGGGAGAUGAGGUCCGGCUGGCCUGCUCUGCCCGCGGCUACCCGGAGCCCAAACUCGCCUGGAGCGAACUGGGCGGCAGCCCCACAGAGUCGGUCCCCAGAGGGCAGGGCUGGGUAAGCAGCACCCUGACCGUGAAGCUGACCAACACCAUGAGCCAAAACGGCAUCUCCUGCGAGGCCUCCAACCCGCACGGGAACGCCCGGCACGUCUUCCACUUCGGCACUCUGGCCCCCCAGACCUCCCAGGCUGGAGUGGCUGUCAUGGCCGUGGCCGUCAGCGUGGGCCUCCUGCUCCUCGUGGUCGCUGCCUUCUACUGCAUGAGACGCAAGGGGCGCCCGGGCUGCUGCCGACGGGGGGAGAAGGGGGCUCCGCCACCUGGGGAUCCAGAGCUGAGCCACUCAGGGUCCCAACAGCCAGAGCAGACGGGCCUUCUCAUGGGAGGCACCUCUGGAGGAGCCAGGCAUGGCAGUGGGGGCUUCGGAGAUGAGUGCUAAACCUGAGGGCCUCCAAGAGGCAGCCAUUGGACCCAACCUGGAGUUGCAGGCAUCAAAGAACCAGCCCUGCUCCCGCCCUGCCCACCCCCGCCUUCCCGGCCUUCCCUCUCCGGCCCUCCCUUCCUUCCUCUGCAGGCUGGGCAGGGACCUGCAGACACUGUGGGGAGGGAGGGAGGGUGCGCUGCAGGGUGGGAGGGGACCUUCCUCCUGGGAGUAUGACUCUCCCAGGCCCCAGAAUAGCUCCUGGACCCAAGCCCAGGACCCGGCCUGGGACAAGGCUGUGAGGGUCGGCUGGCCGAGGCUAUUUUUACCCACGCCUCCAUUGCCGGUCCCCCCACCUGACGCCCUGCUGCAUAGUCUGACACUGGAUCCCCACCCCCGCUGUGCCCCCUCAUCACGGACACUGGAGUCUGGAAUAAACGCUGUCUGUCACGUCGACACCAUCCUGUGGCCGGGGCCUCCUCUGGGGGAUGAGAGGGGAAGGGGCUCAGGUGACGUUCCCCUCCCUUCUGCUCCCUCAGGCCCCUUGCAAGAGCUGGGAGAUGUCGGAUGUCAUGAAGAAAGAAAUGAGAGAGAGAGAGAGAGAGAGAGAGAAAGAGAGAGAGAGAGAAAGCAGAGGGUGACUCAGCCGCCGAGGAUGAAAGAGGGAUGCCUGGGGUCCAGGGGCCGCUGAGAAUGGCCCCUGGAGGACUAGUGUCUGCCUGGUGGCUGGGCUGCUGUCCCCUUAAGUAAAAGUUCCAAGAUUCUCUUGCCAGAGCCCCAGAGGGAAUUGAAGCUGUGAGAGGAAAAAUUCUCUGAGCUGUAGAGUGGAUGGAAUUAGGCAUGGAGCUGCCUCCUCUGGGUAGGGCAUCAUUCCUGCAGCUGGGGGAGGAGGGGUGGCUUGGACGACCCCGACGGAGGCGCCUGGGGAAGAGGGAAGGGACAGCAGGGACAGCGAGGCCUGAGGCAGAGUCAGAGGAAUAGAAAGUCCUGGGGAUGGAGGGAGCAUAGGAGGGUGGACAGGAGCAGCUCAGAGAUGAGAGCUCUAGAGCCACACUGAAAGAUUUAGGGAGAGGGAGGAAGAGGCAGACAGAGAAACACAGAAAGAAUGUGGAGGCAGAGAGAUCAUUAGAUAAUUACAGUCAAAAAAUGUUGAGAGCUGCCCAGAAGCAGCGGUGGAGGUGGGCGUGUGUGACCCCGAGCCCAUCAAACGGAGAUACAUCACGCUUGGGCCCACGGAGGGCCGCUGUGAGGCGUGGGCGUGACGAUCCCUGCGGAACGCACGCGCAGGGAGGUCCCUGCGCUCGGAAGCCUCUGGCCUGAGCUAGUGACUCUGCCUUGCUGUCCUCAGUGUGCUCAACCACAAAAUGGACAAGGUGGAAUCUCGUGCCUGUGGGAAACUGGCGAGAAGCUAUGGAAGCCUCUUACUAGGUGAUCCGAGCAGCCUGCCCAGAGGUCCCGGAGCGGAGGAGCUCACCAAACUGAUUCAGGUGCUCAAAUCCCAUGGUUUGUCGAAUCAGUUUAAAACAUGAUUUGCAAGAAGCAAGAAGAGAUAGGCCAGGUUAACACACUUAGUUCGGGGUACAAGUGAUCAAAGGCCCCUGCCACCUGAGUUCUGGGGUAUGCAUGGCCCUGUGUCCGGUCUCUCUCACACCGUGAUGAGAUUUUGACCCCCAGAGCGGAAGGUGAGCCCGAGGGUUCUGCACCUGGAAGGUGCCAGGGUCACUCAGGGGACAAACGCACCUGGCUUUUACCUGCGUGACUUGAACACAGGGCUCGUGAAAGAGCCGGGGUCACCAACAGGGAAGGACCUUAAGGGUACAUGGAACUUGGGACUUACUGGGUCCUUUCAUCCUUCGCGUCUGUGUUGACGUCACAUUCUUAAUCGGUCUAACAGGCUUAAUGAGUUGCUUUUUAAUAUCCAUCCUUCGUUUCGUCUGUCUCCUUGUUCGUGUGACUUUAUUGUUCUCUCGAUGACAAAAUUGAAGAUUCUUUUUCAAAAAGUACAGCAGACACACAGAGGGUCAUAGUGUGAUGGGGAGAAUUUGAUAAGACGACAGUAGAAAGUGUUUAGUACAAAGCCUGGCACAGAGUAUGUGCUUGGUACAUGUUUUGUAGUAGUAGUAGUAGUA